CUUAUUAUUACGACAAUCGGGCAAGAUAUUUAAGAAUAAAAAGUUUCAUUCUUAAUUGAUUGUACUCUCGACUAUUGUGGCCGAAAAUUGUUCAAAAAUAGCUGACGAACACCAUGGCCAGCGUAUUCACUAAUUAAAAUUUAACUAAACGAUUUCUAGGCCGAACCAUGGCACGCGGCAUCGUUUGCAUAUGGUUCCUGUGCUUUCUCUGCAUAAUUUCUAGUUUCUGUGGUGCGGCCGCGGAAAUUAACGAAAGAUCUCAGUUGCUGCACGAGGACCAAGGCAGUGGCCAAAAUGAUUUUACCCGCUCAUCUUCACGUGAAGUGGCGUCUAAUUUCAAACCAGAGUUGAAUUUCGGUUCCCGUCCUCGCACCACAUCUCACGGAGACGAGGAUCCAGAUCCUGGAGCACCAGUGCAGGAUGUCCAGCCUAACCUUCCAGAUCCUAGGGCACCGCUGCAGGGUGUUCUUCCAGAGGCCGAUAUAAAUACCCCAACGCCUCUGAUUCCGCGCCGCACUUUCAGUCGUUUGAAACAUGACAGGCCGUACAAUCGCUUCUUGAAUUACGGAAGAAAACGCGUCAAGCCUGGCAGUGAGCUGGAGAACGAAAUUCUACGCUCCAAAGUAGAAACUUUGGGAGGCAUCUUGAAACAACAUGUGCA